GGAGCGGCGCGGGUUCUCAGGUGAGCGCUCUGUGGCCGGGGCGGGCCGGCCGGCGCCUGGAGAUCCGGCAUCGGAUCCUCGCGGACUCUGCGGGCGUAGGAGGGACGUCCGGAGGAGGCGCGGGGACCUGGCCAGGGUCCGGCCGUCGGAACCCCGGCCUCAAGCGGGAGGGGGCUCCGGAGCUGCGGGGAGGCAAGAUGACUUCUCUCCCCCAAACUUGGAACAGCUGAAGGAAACAACAGUACAAGAUGAGAACAACAAAGGUCUACAAACUCGUCAUCCACAAGAAGGGCUUCGGGGGCAGUGACGAUGAGCUAGUCGUGAACCCCAAAGUAUUUCCACACAUCAAGCUUGGAGACAUCGUGGAGAUUGCCCACCCCAACGAUGAGUACAGCCCUCUGCUUUUGCAGGUCAAGUCACUUAAGGAGGAUUUGCAGAAAGAAACUAUCAGUGUGGACCAGACGGUGACUCAGGUGUUCCGGCUAAGACCUUAUCAAGAUGUGUAUGUGAAUGUUGUAGACCCUAAGGAUGUGACCCUUGACCUUGUGGAAUUAACCUUUAAGGAUCAAUAUAUUGGCCGUGGGGAUAUGUGGCGACUAAAGAAAAGUUUGGUCAGCACAUGUGCCUAUAUCACUCAGAAGGUGGAAUUUGCAGGCAUCAGGGCACAGGCUGGUGAGCUGUGGGUCAAGAAUGAGAAGGUCAUGUGUGGUUAUAUCAGCGAAGAUACCAGGGUGGUGUUCCGUUCUACGUCGGCUAUGGUUUACAUAUUUAUUCAGAUGAGCUGUGAAAUGUGGGAUUUUGAUAUUUAUGGGGAUCUGUAUUUUGAGAAAGCUGUGAAUGGUUUCCUUGCUGAUCUCUUCACCAAGUGGAAGGAGAAGAACUGCAGUCAUGAAGUGACAGUGGUCCUGUUUUCUAGGACUUUUUAUGAUGCAAAAUCUCUUGAUGAAUUUCCUGAAAUAAACCGAGCCUCAAUUAGGCAGGAUCACAAGGGGCGAUUCUAUGAAGACUUUUACAAGGUGGUGGUGCAGAACGAGAGGAGGGAAGAGUGGACCUCACUCCUCGUGACCAUCAAAAAGCUCUUCAUCCAGUACCCAGUGCUGGUGCGACUGGAACAGGCAGAGGGCUUUCCUCAAGGAGACAAUUCUACCUCAGCACAAGGAAAUUACCUAGAGGCCAUCAACCUGUCCUUCAACGUGUUUGACAAGCACUAUAUCAACCGCAACUUUGACCGAACCGGGCAGAUGUCGGUGGUGAUCACACCCGGGGUGGGCGUGUUCGAAGUGGACCGGCUGCUCAUGAUCCUGACCAAGCAGCGGAUGAUAGAUAACGGAAUCGGUGUGGACCUGGUGUGCAUGGGGGAGCAGCCGCUGCACGCAGUCCCGUUGUUCAAGCUGCACAAUCGGAGUGCCCCUCAUGACUCCCGUCUGGGCGAUGACUACAACAUCCCUCACUGGAUAAACCACAGUUUCUACACAUCCAAAAGCCAGCUCUUUUGUAAUAGUUUCACUCCACGAAUUAAACUGGCAGGAAAGAAGCCCACCUCUGAGAAAGCAAAAAACGGCCGUGAUACAUCUCUCGGGACCCCCAAAGAAUCCGAGAACGCCCUUCCCAUCCAGGUGGAUUAUGAUGCUUAUGAUGCACAAGUCUUCAGGCUCCCGGGUCCCUCCCGGGCUCAGCGCCUCGCCACCUGCAGGUCUGUGCGAGAGCGGGAGAGUCACAGCCGGAAGAGCGCCAGCUCCUGUGACGUUUCGUCCAGUCCUUCGCUGCCCGGCCGGACGCUGCCCACGGAGGAGGUGAGGAGCCAGGCUUCCGACGACAGCUCGCUGGGCAGGAGCGCCAACAUCCUGGUGAUCCCUCACCCCCACCUGCACCAGUACGAAGUCAGCAGCUCCCUGGGCUACACCAGCACUCGAGACGUCCUGGAGAACAUGAUGGAGCCACCACAGCGGGAUUCCAGCGCACCGGGCCGGUUCCACGUGGGCAGCGCAGAGUCCAUGCUGCACGUCCGCCCCGGGGGGUACACGCCCCAGCGGGCACUGAUUAACCCCUUUGCACCCUCGCGGAUGCCCAUGAAGCUCACGUCCAACAGGAGGCGCUGGAUGCACACUUUCCCUGUGGGACCGUCUGGAGAGGCCAUUCAGAUCCAUCAUCAGACCCGACAGAACAUGGCAGAGCUGCAGGGCAGCGGACAGAGGGACCUGACCCACUCCUCCGCGGAGCUGCUGGAGCUGGCAUACCACGAGGCCGCCGGCAGGCACAGCACUUCCCGCCAGCCCGGCGACAGCACGUCCUUCUUGAGCUUCGCUGGGACGGAGGAGCUCUCGGUCAGCCUGCUCAGCGGCAGUGGUGCAGGUGUGAAUCCUCGGACCCAGAAUAAGGAUUCUCCGGAGGACAGUGUGUCUACUUCUCCAGACCCAAUUCUGACGCUGUCUGCUCCCCCUGUAGUGCCAGGCUUCUGUUGCACAGUUGGUGUGGACUGGAAGUCACUCACGACUCCCGCGUGCCUCCCCCUCACCACGGACUACUUCCCCGACCGCCAGGGCCUACAGAAUGACUACACGGAGGGCUGCUACGAUCUCCUCCCAGAGGCUGACAUCGACAGGAGGGACGAGGAGGGUGUGCAGAUGACGGCCCAGCAGGUGUUUGAAGAGUUCAUCUGCCAGCGGCUCAUGCAGGGUUACCAGAUCAUUGUUCAGCCCCGUGCACAGAAGCCCACCCCUGCCGGCCCACCGCCACUCAGCAGCAGCCCGCUCUACAGCCGGGGCCUUGUGUCCCGAAACCGCCCAGAGGAGGAAGACCAGUACUGGCUGAGCAUGGGCAGAACCUUCCACAAAGUCACACUGAAAGACAAGAUGAUCACAGUGACCCGGUACCUUCCCAAGUACCCGUACGAGUCUGCCCAGAUCCACUACACCUACAGCCUCUGCCCCUCCCACUCCGAUUCAGAGUUCGUCUCCUGUUGGGUGGAAUUCUCACACGAGCGACUGGAGGAGUACAAGUGGAAUUACUUAGAUCAGUACAUCUGCUCUGCCGGCUCCGAGGACUUCAGCUUAAUCGAGUCCCUGAAGUUCUGGAGAACACGCUUCCUGCUGCUGCCGGCCUGCGUCACCGCCACCAAGCGCAUCACGGAGGGAGAGGCCCACUGCGACAUCUACGGGGACCGGCCGCGGGCGGACGAGGAGGAGUGGCAGCUCCUGGACGGCUUCAUCCGCUUCGUGGAGGGCCUGAACCGCAUCCGCCGGCGGCACCGCUCCGAUCGCAUGAUGCGGAAAGGGGCCGCCAUGAAAGGCUUGCAGAUGGCCGGGCCCAUCCCCACGCACUCCCUUGAGUCGGCUGGCCCCCCGGUUGGGAAGAAGGGAACCUCAGCUCUGUCCGCCCUGCUGGAGAUGGAGGCUAGUCAGAAGUGCCUGGGAGAGCAGCAGGCAGCGGCACAUGGGGUCAAGAGCUCCGCCCCGCCUGCCGAGAGCAGCGGUGUUGCCAUGACUCCCACCUACGUGGACAGCCCGCGAAAGGACGGGGCCUUCUUUAUGGAGUUUGUCCGCAGCCCGCGCACAGCAGCAUCCGCCUUCUACCCGCAGGUGUCUUUGGACCAGACGGCUGCCCCAGUGCUGGACGGCAGCAGCUUGGGGGUGAGCACAGGCCAGUCCGUGGACAGGGGCAACAGCCAGACCUUCGGGAACUCGCAGAGCUUGGGGGAACAGGGCUUCCCCUCUGCAAACUCCAGUGAUACCAGCUCUCAGCAACUGGUGGCCAGCUCCCUGACCUCUUCCUCCACCCUGGUGGAGAUCCUGGAGGCCAUGAAGCACCCCUCGACAGGUGUCCAGCUGCUCCCUGAGCAGAAGGGCCUGUCGCCAAGCUGCUUCAUCAGCGCGGAGGUGGUGCACUGGCUGGUGAAUCACGUGGAGGGGGUCCAGACGCAGGCCAUGGCCAUCGACAUCAUGCAGAAAAUGCUGGAAGAGCAACUCAUCACACACGCCUCUGGCGAAGCCUGGCGGACCUUCAUCUACGGCUUCUAUUUCUACAAGAUCGUGAUGGACAGAGAUCCCGAGCGAGUGGCUGUGCAGCAGCCCACCACCUGGCAUACGACGGCAGUGGAUGACUUCGCCAGCUUCCAGCGCAAGUGGUUCGAGGUGGCCUUCGUGGCGGAGGAGCUCCUGCACUCGGAGAUCCCCGCCUUCCUGCUGCCCUGGCUGCCCAGCCGGCCAGCCUCCUACGCCAGCAGGCACAGCUCCUUCAGCCGCAGCUUCGGGGGCCGCAGCCAGGCCGCUGCACUCUUGGCCGCCACUGUCCCGGAGCAGAGGACCGUGACCCUGGAUGUGGACGUGAACAACCGCACGGACCGCCUGGAGUGGUGCAGCUGUUACUACCACGGCAACUUCUCUCUGAACGCGGCCUUCGAGAUCAAGCUGCACUGGAUGGCUGUGACCGCCGCCGUGCUCUUUGAGAUGGUCCAAGGUUGGCACCGCAAGGCCACCUCCUGUGGCUUUUUGUUGGUGCCGGUUUUGGAGGGGCCCUUUGCUCUGCCCAGUUACCUGUACGGCGACCCGCUCCGGGCCCAGCUGUUCAUCCCACUCAACAUUAGCUGCCUGCUCAAGGAGGGCAGCGAGCACCUAUUUGACAGCUUUGAACCAGAAACAUACUGGGACCGAAUGCACCUUUUCCAGGAAGCCAUUGCACACAGGUUUGGGUUUGUUCAAGAUAAAUACUCUGCAUCCGCUUUCAACUUCCCAGCAGAGAACAAGCCUCAGUACAUUCACGUCACAGGGACGGUGUUCCUGCAGCUGCCCUACUCCAAGCGCAAGUUCUCGGGGCAGCCGCGGCGGCGCCGCAACUCCACCAGCUCCGCCAGCCAGACCCUGUUCUGCGAGGAGCGCGUGGGCUACAACUGGGCCUACAACACCAUGCUCACCAAGACCUGGCGCUCCAGCGCCACCGGCGACGAGAGGUUUGCCGACCGGCUGCUGAAGGACUUCACAGACUUCUGUGGCAACCGUGACAACCGGCUGGUGGCCUUCUGGACCGGCUGCCUGGAGAAGAUGCACGCCAGUGCCCCGUGAUGGGCCAGGGUGCUGGGAGCUGGCGUCCCACUGCCCAUGAGACUCAGAGGGGGACGGUCAGGCAGGCUCGGGAUGGGGGCUGUGGGGGUGCAUGUCCCCCACCAGCGUCCAUCCUCUCCUUGAAGGGAGGCUGCAGGAGCCGCUGUGCCCUGGGAGCGGGCGGGAGGGCAGCCCCGUGAGCAUCCGCAGUCUGUCGGAGCGGGACCUGCUGCUUCCCUCCCAGGAGGAGUGCGCACAGGAUGUAUAAUUUUGUGAAAUAAUGUACCAUAGGCUCACACAGUUGUAUAUACCUGUACAGAGCAGAAGCGGGAAUAAAGUGCCCCAGGCAGCAUCUCGGUCCCCAGCCUGGUCCCCGGCGGCAGCUACCCCCUCCUGGGCCGGGCGGUUUUGCCCUGUCGCCGGGGCCCUGGAGGCUGGUGACAUGGCCGCGGACGCUGGGGAGGACUCCAGAAUCCACCUGGGGCAUGUGGCUGUGAGUUCACUGGAAGUCGUCUCUGAGCUGAGAGCAGGAAGAAGAGCCUCCUGGCUCCUGCCCAUUGGGAACAGGGUGGUGGUCCGAGGCUGGGAGUUCUGGAGACGUUUCUCAGCUCGCUGAUUGCGCCGGGGGCAGGGAGUGCACACAGGCCCCCUAUAUACCUGGGCAGCACCCGUCAGCCUCCCGGAUGUAGAAAUGAGCCUUGGGU